AGCGUAUUUUCUUGAAGAAAUAUUUAAUGUAUAGAGUUUACAUGGGUAUAUACAUUAAUAACGAUAACGUCAUAAUAAAAGAAGCAAUUUUAGUUUUAAUAUGAAAGCAGUAAUACAACGUGUCACAAAAGCUAGUGUUUCAGUUGAUGGUCAAGUUAUUAGUAGCAUUGGAAAUGGUCUCUGCAUCUUAAUUGGCAUAAAAAAAGAUGAUACAAUAGAAGACAUGAAAUAUAUAGUAAAGAAAAUAUUAAAUACUAAAAUUUUUGAUGAUGAUAAUAAGAAAUGGAAUGCUAAUGUUAUGGAUAAACAAUAUGAAAUAUUAUGUAUUAGUCAAUUUACAUUAUAUCAUGCUUUAAGGAAUAGAUUAGAUUUUCAUAAAGCUAUGUCUGCUCAAGAUGCUGAACCAUUUUACAAUAAAUUUCUUGUUGAACUUGGUAAAAAUUAUAAACCAGAAUUAAUUAAAGAUGGUAAAUUUGGAGCAAUGAUGGAAGUUGAUAUAAAAAACAGUGGACCUGUAACAUUAGAAAUAGAAUCAUCACUUAAAUUUAAUAAAUUAAAUGAAUCUAAUAAUGUACAAUGAAUGGUGGAAUUUAAAACUAAUACAUAAAUAUAUAAUAGA